CUCCGAUCCCGUUCCGCUCGCCCCUCUCCCUCCCUCCCUCUCGCCUUCCUUUCCUUGCGGCGACGACUGGGCGAGCGCCGCCGCCCUUCGCCAGCAUUCAGCCGCGCUUAAUUGACUGUCUGGUGAUGAUGGCGAUACAUUAUUGACUCCACUCUGGUGGCAGCAAGAUGAACGUGCCUGGGCAGAUGUCGGGGCAGCCAGUUCAGAUGAACUUAGGCGGCGGCGGCGAGGGGCUGCAGCAGCACCAGCCUCUUCAAGUUGCUUCGCGCCAUCUUGACAUGGAUCCUCAGUUCUUAAAAUUGCGCAGCGUCAUGCACCGGAAUAUAGUUGAUUGGCUUAUAAAGGUGAAUAAGUUUGCUGAGAGCCAGCAGAGCCUUGGGAAAAUUGCAGAUAGGCUAGAGAAAUUAUUGUACCAAAUGCAUCCAACAAAGGCUGACUACCAUGCAAUGCUGAAAGAACCAAUCGAGCCACAUUUGCAAUUUGCUGCUAAGGUCUUUUCCACCCGUGGUCAACAGCGUCAACAAAUGUCGCAUCAGACACGAACUUCCUCCUGCAAUGGAACAAUGGUUCCAACACCUGGUUCAGUGUCCAACGGCUUCCAGGAUCCAUCCAUCAAUGUACUACAAAAUUCCAUGGCUAUUAGUGACUCAUCAGCGAUGUGUCCAGUGGGUAUGCAACGACAGGUAGCUCAUAUGAUUCCAGCUCCACGAUUUAGCCGUCAUCAGCUUUUACCUCCCAAUUCUGUUUACCCAAAUGGAGCUGGAUACCUCAAUGGAGAGUCGAAUGUCAUACAACAAGUGCACGAGCAGAAACCGAUGCCAUUUUCUAUCAACCAAAGUAGCUAUCCAAUGCGGCAUCUAGGUACCCAUGUCGGUUCUGGAGUACAUUCAAGAAUAUUGGAGGAUUCCUCCCCAUAUGGCUUGUCAGAUCCACAAAUCAAUGGUGAUAUGGGUUUGCUUGGCCCGAAUAUGCAGCUACCAUACAGAACUGUAGCAGCAAAAGAAUUUAUGGAUUUACCUCCUUAUGGCAAUUCGCCGGAGAAACCGUUGCAGCAAGAAUUCAUUUGUCAUCUUCCACAGGGAACACCAACAUCAGCAUGUGUUUCUGGGAAUUUUUAUGGCACCGUUUCUUCAAGUUCAACACCUACAUUGCUUACAAGUCAGACAACCAAGCAACCACUUCAACCAAAACCUGUUAUAAAAGCUGAGGUAUUGGAUCAAACAGAAAAGGUGAACUUUAGGAAAUCACAGUUCCCUUACCAACAUCAGCAGCAAAAUUAUUUUGAGCCUAAUCAUCCUUGUUCCCAGUUUGUGAAGGAAUCAGAGUUUGGUUCUUGUCGUGAUGAGCAACUAUCUAAACAAGGAAUUUUACCAUAUAAUGAAUUAAUGCAUUCAGACAAAAGCAACCAGGCAUAUCGGCAAUAUGUUUCUCAUAAUAACAUUCAGGUCACCACGGAUUCUCAGCAGUUAUUAUCUUCACAUUUGAAAAAUACUGAACUGAUGAACAGUAUGUUUCAGAGAACAAUGUCACAAGAUGCAGCAGAACAACAUGUUUCACCUGAUUGGCUCAAUACUGGUUGUGCUAUGACUCCAAUUGAUCACAAACUACCCAAGCAUCCAACGAAAGGAUCUGGACAGGCAACAAAUAAAUGCUAUCUACAAUCACGGUGGCUGAUCAUGUUCAUUCAUGCAAAAUUUUGUCCAGGUCCUCUUAAAGGUAGUUGUAAAUCACAAGAUUGCGCUCAUGCACAGGAGAUAUUGAAGCAUUCUAAUGACUGUCAAGUAAGAGAUUGCUUGUAUGGUCAAUGUAAACAAUCAAAGGAGGCUAUUUAUCACUACAAUAAUUGUGUCAAUAAGCAUUGUCUUAUAUGUAGGGAAGCAAUUGAAAGUCUGAGCCGCUAUUGUGAUCAAACAAGCAAGCAGGAUACAACUGAAAGGAGUAUCAAUAUGGUGGCAGAUGAAACCAUUGAUGAUCAACCACCUAUAUCAAAGAGGUUAAGGUUGCAACCCGUGCCUUCUAAUGUGUUUGAUAGUGCUGAUGCCUAUGUUCCUCAAGCAUGCCCAGGUUUUGUGUCGUGGCAAGCUCAUCCUAAGCAUCUUGGGCAGGAUAGAAGGAUAUUCCCAAAACAAGAGCAAAACAUUGAGAUUGAUAUACAACCACCGCAAAAGGUAGAGAUAAUUGUAUCUGGUACUAUUGGUAAAUCAAGUGCAAUUCAAAGUUAUGUGAUUCCUGGUGUUUCAAAUGAGCUAUAUUCUCAUUUCGAGAAAGAAAAUUGGCUGCCCAACAAAGAUACAAAUGAAAGUGUUCUAGAUAUUAAGAAUAGUGCAAAUGACUCUACAGAUACCAUGAUGUCCAACAUAGAGAAAACAAAGAGAAAAGGUAUUUCCCUCAUGGAGUUGUUCACUCCAGAGCAAAUAUAUGAACAUGUCCAUAGUCUAAGACAGUGGGUUGGUCAGAGUAAGGCUAAAGCUGAAAAGAAUCAAGUGAUAGGACACUCCGAGAACUUGAACUCAUGCCAGCUAUGCAAAGUAGAAAAGCUUUUCUUUGAACCUCCACCUAAAUAUUGUUCUUCUUGUGGUGCUCGGAUAAAACGGAAUGCACCAUAUUAUAGUGGUUCUAUCACUGAAAGUGGUUCCUACUAUUUCUGCGUACCAUGUUACAGUGAGUCUCGCAGUGACUCGAUUUUAGUGAACAGUAUUCAACUGCUCAAGUCAAAACUUGCGAAAAAAAGAAAUGAUGAUGAGCUUGAAGAAGCAUGGGUUGCAUGUGACAAAUGUAAACGCUGGCAGCACCAGAUUUGUGCUCUUUUCAAUGCCAAAAGGAACGAUGAAGAAAAAGAUGCAGAAUAUAUUUGCCAUAGUUGUUAUAUUCAAGAGAUAGAACAUGGCAUGCGCACGCCUUUACCACAGAAUACUGUUCCUGGGGCAAAAGAUCUGCCGAGGACAGUGCUUAGCGAUCAUAUUGAAGCGCGCCUUUCUCAACGCCUCAAAGAGGAGAGACAGAACAGGGCCAACAAAUAUGGGAAAAAUUUCAAUGAGGUUCCUGGAGCAGAGGGGCUUGUCGUCAGAGUUGUUUCAUCAGUGGACAAGAAACUGGAAGUUAAACCACAUUUUCUGGAGAUUUUUCGAGAAGAGAAUUACCCAGCAGAGUUUCCUUACAGGUCCAAGGCCAUUCUUUUAUUUCAGAGAAUAGAAGGCGUGGAAGUAUGCAUAUUUGGCAUGUAUGUGCAAGAAUUCGGAGCAGAAUGUGCAUUCCCAAACCAACGUCGAGUUUAUUUGUCGUACCUUGAUUCUGUCAAAUACUUUAGACCUGAGAUUGAAACUGUUUCUGGUGAAGCCUUACGAACGUUUGUCUACCAUGAAAUUCUGAUAGGUUAUCUCCAGUAUUGUAAGCAGCGGGGGUUCACUAGCUGUUACAUAUGGGCGUGCCCACCUUUCAAAGGUGAAGAUUACAUUAUGUAUUGCCAUCCAGAGAUUCAGAAGACACCAAAGUCCGACAAACUGCGAGAAUGGUACUUAUCUAUGCUUCGGAAAGCUGCUAAUGAGGGUAUAGUCGUUGAGCUUACCAAUCUAUACGAGCACUUUUUUAACCCUAAGACAGACUGCAAGGCUAAAGUGACCGCAGCUCGCUUGCCAUAUUUUGAUGGUGAUUAUUGGCCUGGAGCUGCAGAAGAUAUAAUCAACCAAAUUUUCCUACCAGAAGAUGACAGAAAUCUGCAGAAGAAGGGAAAGUUAAAGAAGACUAUCACAAAAAGAUCUUUGAAACUUGCUGGUCUUACUGAUUUAAGUGGGAAUGCUUCGAAGGAUGCUAUGCUCAUGCAAAAGCUCGGAGAAGCCAUUUACCCAAUGAAAGAAGAUCUCAUCAUGGUCCAUUUGCAAUAUUCUUGCCGUCACUGCUGUAUCCCUAUGGUGUCUGGAAGACGUUGGGUCUGCAAUCAAUGCAAAAGCUUUUAUAUCUGCGAUAAGUGUUAUAAUGUAGAAGAACAGCAUGAAGGGAAGGAGAGGCACCCGAGUAAUAGUAUGGACUUCCACAUACUACAUCCUGUUGAAACUGAUGGGGUGCCUAAUGAUACCAAGGACAGAGAUGGCAUCUUAGGAAGUGAAUUUUUCGACACCAGACAGGCAUUCCUGAGUCUCUGUCAAGGAAACCAUUAUCAAUAUGAUACCCUUCGCGGUGCAAAGCAUUCCUCAAUGAUGGUGCUAUACCAUCUUCAUAAUCCAACUGAACCAGCUUUCGUUACCACAUGUGAUAUCUGCAAGAACGAUAUCAGAACUGGUCAAGGAUGGCGGUGCAAAGAAUGCGAUUAUGAUGAGUGUGCUGCUUGUUACAAACACAAUGAAGGCGCCAAUCAUGUCCACAAGUUAACUAAGCAUCCAGCAGGAUCAGACAUGGAUGCUCACCAAAAGAAGAGUGUUGAAACGACAGAGAUAUUGCUUCGACUUUUGGCGCACGCGGGAUCUUGCCCAGGCCGUGGUGGUUGCCAGUAUCCCAACUGCCGAAAACUGAAGUCACUCUUCCAUCAUGGAGCACGGUGCAAGACACGUUCAUCAGGAGGCUGUCAUCUGUGUAAGAAAGUGUGGAGCUUUAUUCAACUCCAUGCCAGAGCUUGCAAAGAAUCGCAAUGCAAUAUGCCAAGAUGCAGGGAUCAGAAUGAGCAUUGGAGAAAGCUGCAACUGAUGCAAUGGCAGUCUGAGUCCCGGAGGCGUGCGGCCGUCAACCAAAUGAUGAUGCAACGGCAGUCGGAGUCCAGUAGCCAGGCUGCAGGAAAUGGUGUGAAUGUGUAAGGCGGACUAAGAGGACCUGCAUAGUAACAGCGUCAAUGCAUACUGGAGACGAAAUGUCUUCCAUUUUUAGCCUCCUUUCUCAGUUCACCUGCCUGGAAGCUGCACUGCAGCUGGUGCUUCAUCCGUGACAUGCUUUUGUUCAUCAUGUUUAGAGCCGGUCUUGUAUCCUAUGUCGCUCAUGUAUGAUAGAUAGGUUUCUAGGAAAGUGCCGAUUGAUGAGAAAUUUUUUUUGUUGUUUUUUUUCGUGGUUUCCAUGCAGAAAAGGGGCUAUAUAUUGGAAAGACACAGAUAUGGCCAGUUCUUUUUAUUCAUUUA